GAUUAGUUCUAUGUCAGCUUGGAUGCCUGGCUUCACUGUGUGUGGGUUCAAACAACAGGCAUUAAACAAUGGAUCAUAUAAAUUCAGAGGAAAUAUCAUUAACCAUCCAGCAGAUUAAAGAAGGCCCAAAAGCCAAACUUCGAGAGCUCUGUAAACAAUAUGGGCUCCCAAUUUCAGGAACAAGAGUGUACUUCCAAAGGGUUCUCUGUCAAAGACUUGGAAUUGAUCCAAAAUCUGUCAUUGUUCAAAAACCCACUUCACGUUCAAACAGCCACGGAGACUGUUGCAGUGUUGCUGGAUGUCGAAGCCGUCGAGGCAAGGACACACACAUUCGCUGGUUCACUGUCAUCAGAAAGAAAGGAAGUCAUACUGCAGCCAUAACCAAAGCUAUCCAGCUUACCAGAAAGGGCUGGACACCAACAAUGUAUUCUCGGAUUUGUGGACAACAUUUCAGUUGUGGCCAGCUGUCUUUUGAGCCAAGUUCUCCUGACUACAUUCCACAUUUACACAUGGACCCUGCAGCUAAAGUAGUAGCAUCACAUCCCACCUUCUGGUCCAAAGAGAGUUCUGAGGAAGCCAUGGACUUGACCAACAAGGGUACCAUUAAAUCUAUUCACGUUGCAGGGCCAUCUCAUCUUGAUUUUACCAACCGAUAUCACAGAAUAAAUUCUUCAGCAAGGGCAUUGCUUCAAUCAACUCCCGAGCAUCCUUGUAUAUCUGUAGUACAGGAUACAGGAACCAAGGAUGAUGAGGAGUUAUUCGGCAAUGCUGCUUGUCGUUCUCCUGGCGCAUGGGAAGAAGAUGGUGAUGCUAGCGAGGAUGAUAUGGAUACCGAGGGCAGUUGGCCACGGGUUCUGUCCAGAGAACCUUCUCCAGAGGCACUAGACUUCAGCACAACCAAUAGAGCUAAAGCUGACCGAAGACUUGAAUUGUCUACAACAGUGAAUGAAAGCAGCUUUGGCCAGAGAGACUCAUUUGGAAGACAAAGUGAUGUUUUUAACAAUAAAGAGCAAACUUUGUUACACAGAGGACAUCUUUUGUCAGUUGAAGAUACAAGUGAUUACAUGAGUUCGGGUGAACUUGUUGCUGUGCCUUUAGGGGAAGAUAAUGAUGAUGAAGUUGAUUUUCAUCCAGUGAGCAGUCCACAUAUCCAGGUCUCUCAGAGUAACCAAACUACUUGUGAAGAAGAGAAUGGAGUUGAACAGACUACAUUUAAGGAAGCUGAAGAAAAGAGGAGAAAGUCUAAGUUUGAUGAGCUGAAAUGCAGGAAGCAGUCUGUUGGAAGCAAACCUGAUGAAUGUGAAUCAGAUGAUGCUAACAACUUUGAGAAAGGGUUCUUAUUAAAAAAUAACGAUUGUAACAAGGGCUUUGACUGUGAGAAUGGGAAUCGGGAUGUUCAUAAAACAACUUUGUCUAGCAGGAAUGAAGAUGGUUCAAUCUUGGAUAAUACAGAGAUAUUUAAUAUUGCUGAAAAUGGAAAUGAUAUUUUGAGAGCAGGUGGUAACCCUGCUCUGAGUGAAGAUGAAAUAUCUGCAACACUAGCACGUAAAGCAGUGACCCUCAAAGAAUCUCUGGGGUUUCCUGUGAAAAGGCUAGACAAAGAUUUUGUCCCAGAAAGUAGGUUAGCAAUCAAUGAUGGUUUUCAGACAGUGGUUGAUUCUUUGCCAAGACGAAUGUUGGAGGAACGAGUUGACUCUCCAAGAGUUGAAGCCCCAGAUAAGGGAAAAAAUGAAAAAAAUCGGAAAGCAAUAGAGCAUGAAGAUAUAUUUGCAGAUGAAACACAUGAUAUUGAUGGUCUUGAAUCGGAAGCAACUAUAACAGCAGUUACAACAUCCUCUGUGGAAAAGUGCUCAAAUUUGCACCGGCAUAGUGAAUCUUCAAAAAACACAUCAAGUGUGGAUUUUAUGUCAGGUAUGAAAAUAAAAGAUGAACCUUUGGAUGAAGGAUACGAGAAGGCCUUGGCAUCGCAAACAGGUGUAAGAGUUAAGGACGAGCCUGAUUCAUUACAGGUAUAUGGCCAACAUUCCAAGCCUCAGGAGUCUGAUAUCCGAAUCAGUGCUGUGUUUUCAGUGAGUGGCAGAACCCUUGUAUCACAAUUGGUGCAGCAAAAUACCUCGGGUUCUCCUAUCACAACAAAGUCAUCUGUAAGUGGCAGUGUGCAGCCAACUUCAACUCCUGCUGUGAGUGUACGUGUCACUUGUUCGGGUUGUAAGAAGAUUCUACAGAAGGGACAGACUGCCUAUCAAAGGAAAGGUUCAACCCAGCUCUUCUGUUCCACCCUCUGCCUUACUGGAUUCUCAGCACCAACUUCAAGACCUCUCCCUCCUGCAAAAAAAUACUGCUAUCUGUGCAGCAAAGAAAUCAUGAACCUAAAGGACCUUGUAAUGGGUCAAAUUGAUGGUAGGGGUCCAUACAAGGAAUUCUGUAACCAUAACUGCUUAUUUGAGAUGAAAAGGAAGUCUGCCUCAACGACUAAUAAUAUCACCACCAAAUGCAGCAUUUGUCAGAAAGUGUCUGUUGUCCGCCAUGAAGUGAAUUACCAGAAUGUUGUACAUAAACUUUGUAGUGAUAUAUGUUUCUCCAAGUUUCGAAUGGCCAACAAUCUCACUAUGAAUUGCUGUGAUAACUGUGGAGCUUAUUGUUACAGUGGGUCAACACAAUGUCACAUGCUUCAGACUGAAGGGCAGUGUAAGAAGUUCUGUGGUUCUGCUUGUUUGUCUACAUUUAAACAGAAACAUUCAAAGAUUACUCCCUGCACUUGGUGCAAAUCUCUGAGGGCAUCUGCUGAAAUGAUUGAAAACAUAAACUCUUUUGGAAAACCUGAACUCUUUUGCUCAGUUAACUGCCUUUCGGCCUAUCGAGUACAAAUGGUAACUACGCAAGGUACUAGUGUUCAGUGCAACUACUGUAAAGUGACAAUGACGCCUCAAUACCACCUUGCUAUGUCUGAUGGUAGUAUUCGGAACUUCUGCAGUUAUAAUUGUGUGGCUUCCUUUCAGGGAUUAUUCAGCCAGGCUGCUCCAGGCUCUCAAACUGUUGUACCCUUGUCGCAGGGUCAGGUAACGGUAAACAUUCCAUCAACUACUUCGGUGGUGUCUGGUGCUCCUGUGGUUUCUUCUUCCUCUGUCACCACAUCAGCGGCAGCAGGGUUACAGAGACUUGCUCAAUCCCUGCAGGUGACAGUAGGUCGGACACUUAUCAGGUUAAAAUGUCAGUAUUGCCAGCGGUUGUUCUCCUCUAAGCCUGAGCUGCUUGAAUACAAGGGAAAAAUGGUUCAAUUCUGUGGAAAAUCUUGCUGUGAUGAAUAUAAGCGGAUCAACUCUGUGGUUGCAAUAUGUGAAUACUGUCGGUCAGAAAAGAUUGUAAAGGAAACUGUAAAGUUUUCAAGUGUUGACAAGCCAUUUUGUAGUGAAGGUUGCAAGCUCCUUUACAAACAUGAAUUGGCGAAACGUUGGGGACUUCAUUGCAAAUCUUGUAGUUCCUGUUCACAGUCUUCAAAACGCCUGCUCAAUCAACAGUUUGGAGGAAAAAUAGAGGAGUUCUGCAGUGAAGAAUGUUUGUCCAAAUUUACUGUUUUGUUUUAUCAGAUGGCUAAGUGUGAUUGCUGCAAACGUCAAGGUAAACUAAAUGAAUCCAUUAAAUGGCACGGGCAAACCAAAAAUUUCUGUAACCUUCAUUGUGUUCUCACAUUCUGCAAUCAACAUCACCUAACAGAAACAUCACCUCCAGAUGGAAAAGUAACGGUACCAAAUGUUCCCAGUAGUCAGAGGAAGGAGCCGACUCCUGUUAUAGCAAAUGUGAUAUCGUUGGCGAACACUCCACCUGUACAGAAUACUACUAGUUCAACAACAACUUUAAAUGCAGGUGGGACUUGUACUACUUCAGGAACUAAGGUUACAGGAGAGAUCAGCACGCAAACAGAAGCUCUUCGAUUACCACCUUCUGCCCCACCCAAGGUGCUCAAGAAUAAAGCACUACUGUGCAAACCUAUCACACAGACCAAAGCAACUUCCUGUAAGCCACAUACUCAGACCAAGGCUUGUCAGACAGCGGCAGUUCACACUGGGAUUUGUAGGUGCAACUGUCCCAAGCGAGAUGAGGAUUGGAAGCCACAAGUGGUCCUAUUGCCCAUUCCUGUCCCAGUCUAUGUACCUUUGCCUCUACAUCUUUAUACACAGUUUGCACCAUUGCCACUUGGGAUGCCUGUGCCUCUACCAGUUCCAAUGUUCAUUCCAACAACCCUGGACAGUGCAGACAGGAUAAUUGAAACAAUCCAGGAAAUAAAGGAAAAGAUUCCUUCAAAUCCCUUUGAAGCAGAUCUUCUAACAAUGGCUGCUAUGAUUGCAGAAGAGGAGGAAAAAGAGAAAACAAUUUCACAUGGUGAUCAGGGUAGCACGUACAGUGGGGAUCUUGAAUCAGAGGCAGUGUCUACACCCCACAGCUGGGAGGAUGAACUGAGUAACUUUACUUUGAAACAGUCUCUUACAUCUGCAUCUCUACCUCCACCUCCACUACCAGCUGAGCCACAAGUGCAAUCACUUCCAACUGAAGAGCUCGCGGACGACCUGGAAGCUGACAUAACAAUUGCUAGCUUUGAAUCAUCGCGUCGAGACCAAUUGGCAACAGCACGGCAAAAUAGGGCAAGGCAGCGUGCGAAGAACAAAGAUGGCUUUGUGCAGCCAAGGAAACGGGGAAGGAAGAAAUCUAUUGUUGGGUACACCCGAGAUGUUAUAAAGGAGCCUGUAACUGGAGUGAAUGACGUGGGUCUAUUUUUGAAGUACAUGUAUGGUGUGAAAGCUUGGAAAAGAUGGGUACAGUUUCGGAACGAGAAAGGAGAACCCACAGAGGAGCUGCGAUUUGGCUCUCGACCAAUGAAAUUAAAGGAGGAUAUUUUGUCAUGUACUGCUGCUGAGCUCAGUUUUGGACUGUGUCAAUUCAUUCGAGAAGUAAGGAGGCCAAAUGGAGAAAAGUAUGAGCCGGAUAGUAUCUUCUACCUUUGCCUAGGGAUUCAACAGUACAUAUUUGAGAACAGCAGGAUCGAUAACAUCUUCACAGAUCUUUACUAUACAAAAUUCACAUCAGAGCUUACAAAGGCUCUAAAAUGUUGGCAACCACAGCUUCUCCCGAGUGGCCAGUUAUUUUGCCGGAUUGAAGAGGAACAUUUAUGGGAAUGUAAACAACUUGGAGCAUAUUCUCCAACAGUUCUUCUCAACACGUUACUGUUUUUCAAUACCAAAUACUUUCAGUUGAAAAGUGUCAGUGAACAUAUGAAGCUUUCGUUUGCUCAUGUAAUGAGGUGUACAAAGUCUUUGAAACAUAACACAAAGCUGACCUACCUUCGAUUCUUCCCACCAAUGUACAAAAAGGACAAAGAUAUAGAUAAGUUACAAUUCGGAAAGAGGAAGCGUAGUGAUGAGGAGGAUGAAGGUGCUAUGGAAAUGGCUGAAAACACAGAUAAUCCACUCAGAUGUCCAGUGCGUCUCUUUGAAUUCUACCUGUCCAAGUGUUCUGAGAGUGUGAAGCCAAGAAGCGACAUUUUCUACCUUCAGCCUGAGCGCUCAUGUGUGCCUGACAGUCCAAUGUGGUAUUCAACCUUACCAACUGACCCUGCCAUCCUAGAUGCCAUGUUAACUCGUAUUCUCAUGGUGAGGGAGGUUCACGAAGAGCUUGCAAAGGUCAAUCAUGAAGAUGCAGAAGUGGAAGAUGCAUCUGAAUAAACUAGAUUUUUAUCUGUUUUUAAGCACUGAAUUUUGGAAUGCAUGUACCUAUGAAGAGUAACAGACUGCUAGGAGUAUAGUGAACUCCUCUUCUGGGUUGAUUUGGGGGAACAGGGAAGGGGGGGUCGAUGAAAACACUGGUCAAAAAAAAUCUAUGUUGAUAAUUGACAGGAAAUCUUGGUGCUUUAAAAUAAUUACAGUUUAAAAGAUUUUUUUGUUGAAAUGGAUAAGUGAUGUGGAUCUGUUUUUACCCCAUGCAGUUAAACUGGAUUUUCAUUGUGUAAACAGAUGUGUUUUUAUUUUAAAAACAAUGUGUGACAAAUUCAUUUUUAAGGAGAGCAGAAAAAGGGGUGAGGAUAGGGUGUGGGGAGGGGCACAGGAAGUAUGCCAAGAAGUAUUUAAAUGACAAUAUUUUAGAAUGUUACAGCGAGUUUGAAGGACAUAUUUUGAAUGAAUCUCUUUUAGUGAGACAGUAUUUCGGACAUUUAAAUGUUAACACCUCUGAUUGAAAACACUGUUUAGUUUCUAGAUUGUUGUUUAACCACAAAACUACUUUUUUUUUGGGAAAAAAAAUUAACAUUGAAUUGCAUCUACUAACCCCUUGUUAAAAUGUCCUGUGCUCACAUUUUAUUUAGAGGAGAUGUGUGUGCUGUAAGUUUAGAUGUAGAUGUGCACAUGAGUAUAAAUUUGUAUAUUUUGAAGGUAAUGGGGCAGCUAAAAGGAUGUUGUUAUAAGUUUAGGUUCUUGCUGAUAUGUUUUUGUACAUACAUUUUAAUUACAUUUAUAUCUUUACUGUGUAUAAAAUAAGUGCUUAUGUGAAGCCUGAUCAGACUUUACAUACUGCAGAGUCAUUACAUUUGUAGAAAAGCCCAAUGUACUCCCUGUUAUAUAAUACAGUUUGCAUUGUAGUAAACAGGCGUUUGUGUGAAAGUACCUUUUACCUCUUCAUUAACCGAGAAACGCACUGUUCCCCAUUGAUGUAAACAAUGGGAAACUUGAAAAUAGUUAAUACACUAGAUACUGUUUUAAGUUUGGUUUCAACGAAGACCUUUUGUACAUGGAAAUUGCUGUGAUUUAGACACAUUGAAUUCUUUUUUUGUUGUUAAGGGAAGGACUCGGUUGUAAUGCACUUUCUUUCUGGUUCAUUCUAUAUAUUAAAAAAAAGUGUACGUUUUACGUAUAGCUCCCCAGCUCAGACAUUGAGCAGGUAGUGUGGUUGCUGCUGGACUGAAAGCUAUGAUUAGAAGAUUCACAAAAGCAAUGGAGAGGAACACUGAUUUUGUUUCUAUAAUUUUCUUUCUCAGUACUUGUGGCUUAUUCUCUGCUAGGUAAAUUCAGCUGUGGUCUCAUAACUGAGCCAUAUUCAAAGGACCUUCAGUUGGAGAAUUAAUGCUGCAGUGAGAAGCCCCAGCUGUGAUUUCUCAGUCCCUUUGAACACAGCUCAAUGAUGGGAACAUAAGAAUUCAUUGAAUUUGCCCUUUUUGAACUGGAAGGCAAUCACCAAUCAGACUUGUCUCCUUUCAGCCUUGAGAGAGUGUUGGCAAAUAUGAUUUUAAUAGUUUCUAAUUUCCUAACAAGGGUUUAAUUUUGCAAGGGUUUUACAAGUUAGGAAUAGUCAUUGAAACAUAGUUUAAUUCCUGAGGAAAUUGACUGAUAUGGAAAGAUUUAACACAUUGGCACCCUUAGCACGUGCCAGCAGCACCUAUCUGAGAAUUUUGCAUCCCCAUGACUUUUCAUCCCUAACCAAUAAAUGGGAAACCUCUCCCACACUGAAUAGCUUUCCCUCUGGAUUUACCUGUUACCAGUGUUUAGUAGUGUAUUUUCCUUAUUUUUGUUCACUGAAAGCUAAUGCUGGGAAACUGAAGAAUUUUCCAUCUUUUUGCAACUAGUGUCAAUGUUAACCCAUACCCAGUUCAGGUAAAGCAAAGGUUAAGAUGCAGGUUGAAACUCCACCAACCCAACAAUGUGCCUUAACCAGUGUCUGGAAGAGUAUCCCUAUCGCACAAUGUAAAUAUUCCAUUUUACAUCAUUAAGUGACAGUACCAAUUUGGUGUCAAUUUGUGCUGAAUUCUGAGCAAUAUUGUGUUGUGGGCUUGCAUUGGUUGAGACUACCUGAAUUUAAUUAUUUUUAGGUAAUUACAACCAGCAAGCGAGAGGAAGCAUUCAUACCGUCGCCCUGGGUGGGGGUCAAAACCAGAUCCCAGAGAAAAGGGUCGUUUCCAGCCUUUUGUAUCACCUCAACCAACUGCAAGUGCUUUCCCCAAAAAUUCCAUUAUGCCCUUGCAUCUCUAUAGAUCAUGUAAAUCAGAGAGCAAGUAAUGUUUGAUUAAAAUGAAGGAGGUGAAGCCGAUGGGGUUAGAGGAGGGUUGGAAAGCACUUAGUUUUCAGAGUUGGUACAUUUUGCAAAUUUAUCAGCAACACUUGAAUAAUUUCACUAGGAAGUGAAUGACUUCAUCAUAAAAUGAUCAGGUUUUAAAUAAAACUGGAGCAAAAAGCAAACAGCUGGAGGAACUCAGCAGGUUGAGCACCAUCUGUGGGGGCAAAGGGAUAGUUGGCAUUUCCGAUCGACACCCUGCAUCAGGAUUGGUUUGGGGUCUUGACCUGUAACAUUGCCCAUCACUGUCUCCACAGAUGCUGCUCAACCCACUGGCUCCUCCAGCAGUUUGUUUUUUCUUGCUCCAGAUUACAGCAUCUGCAGUCUCUUGUGUCUUCAUUUAAAUAAAACUGAACGUGUUGCAAGAUGCUAAUGUUUGUUCCAAAUAGAACCAGCAGUUCUUUUCUAAUCAUUGAAGAACAUAAUGCCUUUUAAUGGGCUAAAGUAACUGUUAUUUUAUAAUACAUUUUUCCAUAUUUCAACUGAAAUAUUACGGUGAUUUAAGUACAUUUUAAAGUUACUGUCAACUUUUUUUGGGGGGGGUGGGGGGUGGAUGGGGACAUUUUCAAGCAGAUUAAAAUUUGUGGAACAAUCAGGAAUGAUUCCUGGAACAAAAUAUUCUGAAAUCCCAGUUGAAACCUGUAUCCUUUCUGCCGGGAUCACGGUGCUGCAGGACUUUUUCUUUUGCACAGUAAUAUCCUUUUUUUAAAUUUUUUUUGAAAGUUGACUGACUUUAUGAUCAUGUUGUGGAUCAUACCUUUGUUUGUAACACUUCUAUUCGUAAACCUGGUAUAAAGUGCAAGGCAUUGUACCAAACGACUAUGCCCCUUUAAUAAAAUAUUUAUCAGUAAGAACUACGGAAUUCAGCUGCUGUCAUUAAUGAGCCUUUUUAAAAUUUUUAGUCAAACCUUAAUUCAACAUGGUAAAUGAA